CCACAAGGUUACAGUGUGUCCAUGUCAGGGAUCUAAUCGGAUGUUGUGAGUCCAGGAUACAUUUAACCUUGACUCUGAAAGCAGCAACAUAUCUGCAGUCACAUUCACAAGUUACAAAUUUUGACUGGGAACAGAAUCAGCAGGGGAGUCAUAAUUCAGAAACCCAAGGUAGGACUCAGAUCAAACAAAUAGUAACGACGUAAAGAACGUAGGAAUUUCAAGCCUUAUCAUACGCAUUAGUUUUUUCUCGGUAUUUCGCUUUUUUCUCUCAGUCAGAAAUAACAUGACUAAUUCACCAAUUAAAUGAGUAAAUGAUAUCUGGCGAGGAAAACAACUCUGGGCACAUGACGUCAUACAUGCACUUGCCCCACUUCAUCCAACGCGCUCGGCGAACCGAGAGCUCGUGCUGUUAGACGCCACGCGCCGGACUGAGAGGAGAAGCGCGAGCUUUGUCGCUUCGCAAUACUGGGGUGUGCCCUACCAACUGCAAACAAAAAAAAAGAUGGAAAAUAUAUCCAAGUAUGAUGGAAGAAACACUCUCUGUAACCAUUCACUGGACUAUUAUUCCAACAUUUCAAACAAUCGAACCGACAUAAAUUGCACUGGCCAGACGGGGUACUUUUUUUACCCAGAUAUUUAUAUCCUUUUGCCGGUAAUCUACUCUGUGAUCUGCGCGGUGGGGUUGACUGGCAAUACGGCGGUGAUUUAUGUAAUUCUGAAAGCGCCCAAAAUGAAGACAGUCACCAACAUGUUCAUUCUGAACUUAGCCAUCGCCGACGACCUGUUUACGCUUGUUUUGCCCAUCAACAUCGCCGAGCACUUCCUGCACUACUGGCCCUUCGGCGAGGUCUUGUGCAAAAUCAUCCUAUCCAUCGACCACUAUAACAUCUUCUCCAGCAUCUACUUUCUAACGGUAAUGAGCGUCGAUCGGUACCUGGUGGUCCUGGCGACGGUGCAGUCCAAGCGUAUGCCCCAUCGCACCUACAGGGCGGCCAAAACAGUCAGCAUUUGCGUGUGGACGCUAGUUAUUCUAAUCGUCAUGCCUUUCACAGUUUUCGCAGGCAUUUAUAUUAACCCCGACAACAUGGAUAGGAAAAGUUGCGUCCUGACUUUCCCCAGCCCGGAGAGUUUCUGGUUCAAGGCCAGUCGUAUCUACACCCUCAUUCUUGGCUUUGCCAUCCCAGUGUCCACCAUCUGCAUCCUGUAUACUAUGAUGCUCUACAAAUUGCGAAACAUGCGACUGAACUCCAAUGCCAAAGCCCUAGACAAGGCGAAGAAGAAAGUUACGAUCAUGGUGUUCAUCGUCCUGGCGGUAUGCCUGUUCUGCUGGACCCCGUUCCACCUUAGCACCGUCGUGGCUCUCACCACGGAUAUCAAGACAACCCCACUCGUGAUCGGAAUCUCUUACUUUAUCACCAGUUUGAGCUACGCUAACUCAUGUCUUAACCCGUUUCUGUACGCCUUCUUGGAUGACAGUUUUAGGAAGGCUUUCAAGAAGAUGUUAGAAUGUAGACCCAGCUGAACGCAAAGCACGACUUGACCAUUUUUGGCCUAAUUACUCAUAUAAUUAUCGUAACACCUAUUAUACAAGUACGUUACAGGUGUACGCUGAAGGCAUGUUAAGUUAUUUACAGUACAUUCAAAUAUAACAAUGUCUCCCUCUUGUGUUGUAAGAAGGCAAUUCUAUAACAGAGAGCGGCAUUGAAAAUGUCCAUAAAGUAAGGUAAUGCACUGGCUGAAAACAUUUUAAUGUGUCGUUAAUGUAAAUAGUUUGAACGUGUAAAUUGUUAGAUUUGUGUGUGUGUGUGUGUGUGUCCACGCACACGUGUGUGUGUGUGUUUUUCCACUUAAAGUUAAAUAUAAAUGUCACCAUGUUGUAUGUAUUAUCCAUGUAUUGACAUUAUCAUUUUUGUUUUUCAUCAACUGGGUUUGGGAAAUUUUCAAAGUGUAAAGAAAACCAGUCUACCUUCACUUAAGAAAAAGUUCAUAAUUGUGGACUAUGAAAAGUGGAGAUUAUCCAGUUUGACGUUUGAAUAUUUACCUUUCCUCUUCGAGUAUAGGGGAAACAUAAAGCUUGAAGGCAAAUCUGUAAAGUAUUUUACUUCUAUAAUAUAUUGUCAAUAUAUACACACAGGGAACUGAAAGCACCUGCUAAACUGUGUAUAUUGUCGUUAAUUUUUUUAUACCUGUAAAUAAAUGUGAAAUGAAAAAUAGUUUUGAUUGCUUUAUGUUAUUUGAGAGAAAAAAUAUCUUUGUAUUGUACCCCAAUAAUAGCUUUGUAUUUUCAGUGGAGUGGCCAUCGAGGUGUCAGUAUUAUGGGAUGUUUUAUGAAAGGCACUUUCAAGGCCAUCUUUUAGACAUGUACAACAGUCAGUGUUUGUGUCAGCUCCUGGAAUUCUGCAGCUUAAUUUGCAGCCUUUGGCUAACUACUUGUUUCUAAGUGAUAUACAGCUCGCUACAGCAUUAUAACACAUACCCGUUGAGCAUAACAUUCUUGGGCAUUUUACUUCGCUAGAAUGACACAUGUAUAAUUCCGUGGGUGUAAUAAAUCAGAAGUGAUCUGAGCACAGUAAUCACGGCAUCUGACCUUGCAAUGCUUGGUCAUGUGUCUGGUUCUUAUCACCUACUGCCCUGUCCUUGCUCCUCCAGCAUGUUGUUCAGAAGGACAUACCUGCCACGCCCUGUUUGUCCGAUCCUCCUGUAUGCCACACCCCCUCAUUAACCUUGUGUGUAAUUCCGAUUGUUACCAGCUGUCUCGUGUUAUUUCCGAUUAGUCCUGUGCAUUUCAGUCCGCGUUCAAGUACGUUACCCCAGUCCUGUCAAUGACGUCUCUGGGUGAUUGAAGUCUCGUGUUGCCUUGUAUGCCUCUUCGUCGCCCAAUUAAAGCCCUCUUUCCCCGAUCCUGCGUCUCCUUCGCCUGCUUCCCUAGUCCGUGCCCCGCACGUCACGACAAUACCUGUGCAUUUAAUGAAGAGUGUGUAUGGUGAUAAAUAAGCAAGGGGCCACAUGGGUUGUGAAGCAUUAUUUGUGUGGGUCAAGGUAAAAACUGUCAAACAGCAAUACACAUGAUACAAGACCUAAGUAAGAAGGAAUUACAAGG